GUGAUAGGUAUAGUGUCGGUGUUUUUCAUCUGCGUCUCCAUUUUGUCGUUCUGCCUGAAAACGCAUCCGGACAUGCGAGUCCCUGUGAUCAAAAAUUUCACAGUCACCACAGCUGCCAACAUCUUGGUCCGGUUCGUGGCCAGUCCCUCCAAGUUGCAGUUCGUGAGGUCCUCGGUGAACAUCAUCGACUACGUCGCCACUCUGUCUUUCUACAUCGACCUGGUCCUGCAAAAGUACGCUUCCCACCUGGAGAACGCGGACAUCCUGGAGUUCUUCAGCAUCAUCCGCAUCAUGAGGCUGUUCAAGCUGACGCGGCACAGCUCGGGACUCAAGAUUCUCAUGCAGACGUUUCGUGCGAGUGCGAAGGAACUCACUCUUCUCGUUUUCUUCUUGGUGCUCGGUAUCGUGAUCUUCGCCUCCCUCGUCUACUAUGCAGAAAGGAUCCAGGCGAGUCUCUGCGUCUACGUUGCUGGUGGGGGGUGGUGGUUUGUGUAUUCCCGUUACGCCCAACAGGCGAAUCCGCAAAACGACUUCAACAGCAUCCCCGAAGGGCUAUGGUGGGCGUUGGUGACGAUGACAACCGUUGGCUAUGGGGAUAUGGUGCCGAAGACGUACGUCGGGAUGUUUGUCGGCACUCUCUGUGCCUUGGCUGGUGUACUCACCAUUGCCCUCCCCGUCCCCGUCAUCGUCUCCAACUUCGCCAUGUACUACUCUCACACCCAGGCUCGAGCCAAGCUCCCGAAGAAACGGCGGCGGGUGCUGCAGAUCGAGCAGGUGAGGGCACCGGUGGCGGCAUCCUCUCGGGGUGCUGGGAGCGGACCCAAACAGAAUCAUCCCAUGAAAGAACCCCUCAUGGCGCAAAAAAUGGAGAUGCCUUUUAAUGGGUCCGCUUAACUCUCCUGUUGGAGAACAAAAAAGUCACGCAACGCUCAUAUCCGUGGGAAUGAGCAUGGGACUGGUGAAUCCGAACGGACUCGGGCUCGGGUCGGGCGGGGCAUCGGGACCGAAAUCAGACGACCAGCUGGCUUCUGAACUGCUUCUUCAAUGAAGCGGGGACCCAGAGACGAAAGAAAAGCACAUCGAUGGCCUUAGUUCCUUCCUUCAUUGUUGUAUUCUUCUCUGAUAUCCUCCUGCAUGAUCGAUGAGUCGCGAGAGGAUGUAUCUGUGAUUUACACUCCAGAAGUCGAAAAAAAUCGCGUACUAUUUGAUGGACUUUUCCGGUGGCAUGUGGGACCAAUCAGAUUCAGUUACGAGUGGAGGAGUCCUCCAUUUUGAAGGGGCUGGAAGGAAAAAGAUUUCUUUUUCUAUCAUCCUCUUCCUCCUCUUCCUCGCGUUGUUGUUCAUACGCCCAUGGCCUUUUCCUCGUCUUUUUCCAUAUUCUUCUCCCGUUUGGGACCAUCGGAAACGUUGGUGCGGAUCUUUCCCGGCUUAAAUGAAAGAAAACAGCAAACUUUUUUCGACGCCUUCGUUCCGAAGAGGCUGGGAAGGUGGAUGUUUCCCCACGCUCAUCGUUGUUAUUUCCCUCAUCCGAUCGCGUUUCCAGUUUCCUCUGCAAAUUUGGGAAAACCAAGUGCAACAGCGAACAUCUCGAUCGAAAUCAGCAGCCAGACAGAAGACAUGGAAGCAGAAAACACAAUUCAGUUUCGAAAUCCCGCAAAUCCUUUGACGUUUUUCGACAAUAAGGAACCUUGCUCCUGAUCGCCAAGAGUCACUAUCGAGCUUCCCAGAUUUGCAGAACUGUUGAUGAGCACCUCGUUUCUUAUAAGAUUCUUAUGCACAACUCCAUCGCGCUCCGUGACAAUAACAGUUUUUCUGCAGACAAAUAACAAUAUCGUUUUCCCCCCGCUCCACGAAUCAUCGGCCCAGUUCGUUCUUUGUUUGCUCAAAAAGGGCAUUUCGGUUCCUCUUGCAAACUUUCCCAUCGACGUGUCAUUCGCAGAUGUGUGAAUGGUAUUCGGUGUCAAAUGUAGGGAAGAAAGACUCGAGGACUAUAGGGAAUAUUCCAGUGCCUUAGACAGAGGGUGUCAGAGGACCUCUUUCCAACUCCAAGGCCACAUGCUGCUUUUUUUUCUCUUGAGCAUGAUCUACAGAGUGCCAAAAAAAAGGUGAAUAGGGCAAGUGUAGUUUUAACGCUUUUCAGGAGGCACAAAUGGACCUUUGAAAGUGUGUUAAACGUUUGAUGAUGCAAAAGUUCGGGAUUGCAAGCAAGUUCGAAUUUUGAAUUUUGUUCGUUAAGCUGGGCCAUGGUUCCAAUAUCAUUUCGAUCCCCAGAGUCCCCUUCUCUAACCAUUGACUCGUCUCCAGUUGCCGAGCGAAAACCGCUUUUGAGUGCUUGUGAUACUUAUCCAGCGACUGCGUGCAUGCGUUUGCCUGCGCCAGAGGGUCGGCCCUCGAUUCUCCUGUCUUCGAGGCGAAAUGCGGGGCAAAGGAUGCGAGAGAGUAAAAGAAAAUGCAAUAAUAGGAAAUUAUUAAAUGAGAGAUGCUGAUUGGCAUUCGGUCAGAGGGAUCAAACAACCUUUGUACCUAUAUUGUACAUAGAGAUUCCCUUUAUUGUAGAGUUGAUUCUACGACUUAAUUCAUAUCAUGACUUUAGAGCGAGUCGAGAAACAGUGAGGAUGAUGAUUGCAUUUUAAGGAUUUGCUGCAGUGGACCAGAAUUUUUCUCUUCCUUGUCGUCAUCACGGCGAUGAAAAGUUGAUAAUAAUGAUCAUAUGAUAUACAUAUAUAAUGAUAUUCUACUUUUCUCAAUCUCUCCAGCCCCCGCAUGUUUUCUCCCAUGUUGAUUCGAAGUAGAUUGAUUAAUACUAGUAAUCCAUUUCAAGUUCCGGAAUGGCUUUUCUUUGUUGAGUAUGAUGAACACGGAAAUAAAUUUUUUAUUGCUCUCCA